AGUCGACGCGUGGCGACGGCGAUGGGGCCGUGGGGUUGCGUGGCGCUGCGGCUCGGGGCGCUGCUGUGGCGCCGGGCUUUCUCCCCGGGAGCGUGGCCCGCGGCGGCCGCGGGGCUCCGGCUUCGGCAGCUGUCCGUGGGGCGGCUUCCGGUGGGACCGACGCUCGGCAGGGUCUGCCCGGCCCCCGACCGAGCGCGCGGCCUGCACGGCGGGCCGGGCCUGGAGGAGCGGGCUGAGGGAACCGCCGGCGAGGGGCGCCGGGAGUCAUGCACCGCAGAUCAUACUGGUCCCAAGUUUGACAUCGAUAUGCUGGUUUCACUUCUGAGGCAAGAAAAUGCAAGAGACAUUUGUGUCAUCAAGGUUCCUCCAGAAAUGGAAUAUACAGAUUACUUUGUAAUUGGUAGUGGAACUUCCACUCGACACUUACAUGCCAUGGCCUACUACAUUGUGAAAAUGUACAAAUAUCUGAAAUGUAAAAGUGAGCCUCAUGUUAAGAUCGAAGGGAAGGAUACUGAUGACUGGCUUUGUGUGGACUUUGGCAGCAUGGUGAUUCAUUUGAUGCUUCCAGAAACCAGAGAAACCUAUGAAUUAGAGAAAUUAUGGACCCUUCGUUCUUAUGAUGACCAGUUAGCUCAGAUAGCACCUGAGACCUUACCUGAAGACUUCAUUCUUGGAAUAGAAGAUGACACUUCAUCUCUGGCUCCUGUGGAGUUUAAAUGUGAAUAAAAUGAUAUGAACUGCUUUAGUCAUUUCA